AUACUAAGAUAAAAUCACCAACAAAAAAACAUAUCUCACUCCCACCGCAGAAUAAAAAAAACCUAGAAGCUGCUCCGAGCUGAGAACAGUGUGAAGAAGGAAGCUAUGGAAAAUGGAGCUAUGGAAACUGCACCAACUUCUGAAAUGAUCGGAAAUGAUACCGAGAACGAGAGAUCUAAGCUUAUAGAUCUUGCAUCAGCUGCUAUAGAUGAAGUUAUCAAGUUGGCUCAACCUGACUCCGAUCUUUGGAUCAAGUCUCUGGAGAGUGGGAGGGAAGUUCUCAACCGCGACGAGUACGAAAAGAUUCGUUCUCCUAUUGAUACUCCGAAACCAAAUGGUUUUGUAGCUGAAGCUUCAAGAAAUACUGUGCUAUUAUGCACCAACACUGCUGCACUGAUCGAAACAUUUCUUGAUGCGGAUCGGUGGUCGAAGAUGUUUUCAUAUAUAAUUGCUAAAGCUAAAACAUUAGAUGUAUUAUCUAAUGGAAUUAAUGGAACCAGAAAUGGAUCUAUGCAACUGAUGCAUGCUGAGAUUCAAUUGCCUACUCCGUUGGUGCCGGUUCGAGAAUAUAGAUUCAUCAGGUUUUGCAAGCAGCAUGCUGAAGGUAAUAAGUGGGCUGUUGUUGAUGUUCCGAUCGACUUUUAUCGUGAUGGUCCCAAUGGAAACCCUAACUUGAGCUGUAAGAGGCUUCCGUCUGGAUGUAUUUUGGAGGAUAUGCCUUAUGGUUGCCAGAUAACUUGGGUGGAUCAUUCUCAAUAUGAUGAGAGUGCUGUCCACCAAAUCUACCGUCCACUGGUUAACUCCGGCAUCGCAUUUGGUGCUCAUAGAUGGGUUGCAACUCUCAAGAGGCAUUGUGAAUCUCUUGCCAUCCCAAUGUUUACCGUACCAUCUGAUUACCCUGCAGACAUAAGCCCAUCUGGCAAGAGUGGCUUUUUAAUGCUCGCGCAGCGGAUGUCUGAUAGCUUCAUGUCCGGAAUUUGUCCUUCGUCAGCUUGCAAGUGGGACAUCCUUCACAUUAGUAACAUGGCCAACAACGACAGGAGAAUCAUGUCCCGGUUAAUUCAGGAUGCCUCUGGUGAAAAUCGUGCAAUCGUGCUUCAACUUCUGUUUGGAUGCCGGUGUCACGGCAAAAGAUGUUUUAUUUCCUCCGUGAUGCACGAAUGAGAGGUCGGUGGGAUGGUUUGUCCAACAGCGAAUCAAUGGAGGAGAUAGUCCGCAUUCCUAAAGGACAAUUUGGAGAUUCAGUUUCUAUCAUUGGUGCUGCUGCUGGUAAAGGAAACAAGAGCAACUUUCUAUAUCUACAAGAUUCAUGGAUCGAUAGCUCUGGCGCAAUGGUCAUAUAUUCUCCGAUUAGUAUGCAAU